AGGUGAGCUAUAAACACAAAUCAUCAUGUCACUAUUUGUCCACAACCUCGGCAAAGAGUCAGCAACAGAAGAGUUCCUGGUAAAGAAGAUGGCGCUGCUUCACACCAAGAGAAGAAAGCUGAAGGACAAGAAGGAAGAGGAGGAGAAACAAAAGGUCAAAGAGGCCAGCAAACCAGCUACAUUGACAAAGCAAGAAACGAUACUCGCCGCAAAGCGGAUACUCGAGGCAGAGUCCAUAAAAAGAGAUGAGAAAGAGAAGAACAAGAAGUCAGGCUUCAAACGAUCCUGUAAAUUUGAAAGGAAUCGCAGCACAACCAAGGUGGUUAAAGCAAGACCUCUGUCGUUAGCUGAUUCGCCGGAACGUAAGAUGCCGGAUAAGACUCCGGACACACCGCCACCUGUCAUACCGACACCAGAUACGCCGCCGCCAAACAUUCCGCCGAUAGGGAGGACGCCGCCAGAUAAAGAGUUCAUUCCUAACCUACCUUAUUUCGAUCACGACCAAGCUAAGACGUCAGGUAGUUUACUGCAACCCCUGAAGUCAAGCAAAGAGAAAUACUCUAACUUUGUCUCCAGUAACUCGAAAAGGAAAAUCGUUCAGUACGAUGAUUCGUUAGACAUACAAUGAACAGUAAAAUAUUGCACCGGAUAUUCUAACCUAUUUCGAAUAUUAUAUGCUAAAAUCAAAUUUAUAUGAAGUGAAGAAGAUGCCUAUUUUUUGACCAUUCAGUUUCCUAUUUGUAUCAUCUAACCAUAGGUUCAGUUCUGGGUUUGUGCCAGAUUUUGUACUUGAGCAUCUGUUUGGUUAAAUUACCCGAACGAAUCUUUUCUAAUCUUUCUAUGAUUAAAUACCUUAAAUUAUAAUACAAGGUUCAUAUAAUGUUCAUGGGCCGGGCUUUCUAAUUAAUGUAUUCCUGCUGAGCUAAGAUAAAGUCAGCUCCCUUGUAAUUACAACAAUAGUACGGAUAUAUUUCACUAAUACUGGACCCUAUCUGAGAAGAUAUUUAUUGCAGUUACGUUGUUGUAAAUUAAUUGUUAAUUACAUUUAAAUGCAGAUCUA